GCCCGUUCGGUUACAUUCAUCUUUCUCGAGUUCUCUGACGAUGUCCGCCGUCGAAGGAGUCCCGAAGCCGGCCGAGGCCAAGCCCGCGGAGGCGAAGCCGGCCAAGGAGAAGAAGCCUCGAGCCUCCAAGGCCGCCAAGGAGAAGAAGCCCAAGGGCUCCAACUCCUCCGCCCCCUCCCACCCCCCCUAUUUCCAGAUGAUCAAAGAAGCCCUGUUGGCGUUGAACGAGAAGACCGGAUCGAGCCCGCACGCGAUCGCCAAGUACAUGGAGGAGAAGCACAAGGGGGUCCUCCCGGCGAAUUACAAGAAGAUGCUGGCGACCCAGUUGAAGAAUUUCGCGGCCAAGGGGAAGCUCGUGAAGGUCAAGGCCUCGUUCAAGCUGUCCGAGGCCGGGAAGAAGGAGAGCAAGCCGGCGGCGAAGGAGAAGAAGCCGGCGAAGGCGGCUUCCUCUGGUGGCACCAAGCGCAAGGCUCCUGCAACCGCUGCUGCGGCGAAGAAGAAGCCUGCGGCCGCUUCGAAGGCUCCGAAGUCCCCCAAGAAGGCAGCGGGAUUGAAGAGGCCCAAGAAGGCAGCCGCGGCGAAGCCCAAGCAGCCCAAGUCCAUUAAGUCCCCUGCUACCAAGAAGUCUAAGAAGGCCGCCGCUUGAUGCUGUCCGAGCGGAUCGUUUUAGUUGGGUUUCGAGAUUGUAAAGAUUUUGGAUUUUAAUUAAUCUGUUGUCAAUCUUUGUAAAUCUCGCUUGCUAUAGGUCUUUUUCCCUUCUGAAGGAGAUACAAGCAGUGCGACGCUUUCUUUUAGGAGUCAUUCUAAGAUUCUAACCCUUAGUUGGGUUUUAUUUUUGGGUUACAACACCAGUGUUGGGUUUGGUGGUGUGGUUUAAGUCUUCAACUGAUUAUUUGGUGAAAGUUACUGCACU